AUGUUUUUUUUUUUUUAAAGUGAAAGUCUAACAUUUCAUAUUAUCUCAGCAAUAAUAAAGUACCGAAAGAAAAUUAUUUGCGUCUGUGACUCCUCCGAAGAACUGUCGAGGCUCCAUUUUGCUAACUAUGGAAUCGCCAACAUUAUCUGAAGAGAACCCUAGGAGUCCACCAAAAUCUAGUAUGGCUCCACGGAAGGCAGAAAUUAUUCUCCAGCGUGAGUUGGAAACACAGGAAGAUUGGGAAGAUUUUCUUUCGAAAGAAGGCUUGUUAGUGAUUGAUGUAUACCAAGAAUGGGCUGGUCCCUGUACAUCUUUGGUGAAUAACUUCAAGAAACUGAGGAAUGAACUUAGUGAUGACUUCUUGCGCUAUGCUGUGGCAAAAGCUGAUAGAAUUGAGUCAUUGGUGCUCUACAGGGGGAAAUGUAAGCCUUGUUUCCUUUUCUUUGCUGGUGGAGUGUUGGUUAAUGUUAUAAGAGGAGCACAAUACCCAUUGAUAAGAAGUACCAUUAUCGAUGAGUUGGCACAAGAGCACAAAGUACUGGAUGGAGAAGCUCGCAGAGUAAAGAUUAUUGAUAAAGAACUCCCAUUCGUAAAAGAACCAUCAGAAUCUGAAGAGGAAGAAAGUGAAGUUGAAGAGCUACCUGACGAAGUUACUGUUGCUAUUAUUAAACCUGAUGCUGUGCAGGAUGGGCAAGUGGAGACUAUUAUCAAAAUGAUGGAAGCUGAAGGGGUUGAAAUUGUGGCCAAUGUGAAGAAAUUACUCACAGAAGAAACUGCCAGAGAGUUCUAUCAACAUUUGUCAGAAGAGCCAUUUUAUGAAGACUACAUCCAGUUCAUGACUAGUGGCCCCUGUCAUGUAUUAGUACUAAAGAAGAAAAAUAAUGAAAAAGGAAUUGUCUAUGAAUGGAAAGAAAAACUGGGACCCGUUACUGUUGAGGAAGCUAAAGAGUCCGCUCCCAAUAGUUUGCGUGCCAAAUUUGGAUCUAGGGGGUUCAUGAAUGCUUUGCAUGGGAGUGAUAGUCAAUCAUCAGCUAUGAGAGAACUUGGGUUUUUCUUUCCUCAGUUAAGUAGCAAAUUAUCUCACAGAAAAUCCAAGACCAUUGAAAGAACACUUGCUAUUAUUCGUCCUGAUGCUUAUAUAUUAUACAAAGAUGAGAUCAUUGCAAAAAUCAUGGAAGCUGGCUUUAAAAUUGCUUUUCAAAAAGAAAUUGCACUGUGCAGAAGUGACAUCGAAGAAUUUUACAGCCAUGUUGUGGAGGAAGACUAUUUUGAAGACUUGGUUGAAGAAAUGACAAGUGGCCCAAUUUUAGCCCUUGGACUAGCCAGAGAAGAUGCAGUUGCAAAAUGGAAAGAGAUUCUUGGCCCUCCAGAUAAACAUGAUGCUUUUGAAACAGCUCCUAAUAGUUUGAGAGCUCAGUUUGUGGUCCCAGAAACUGAUGUGAAUUUGAUCCAUGGAUCCGACACAGUAGCAGAUGCUGAGAAAGAGAUCAGUUUCUUCUUUCCACGUGAAGAGACUGUUGCAGUUAUUAAACCUGAAGCAUUUGGCACUAAAGGGGAAAUUAUGACUAAAAUAGAAGAAGCAGGAUUCAAGAUCACAGCCAGCAAAGAGUUAGUUUUAACUGAAGAUAUUAUAAAUAAAAUGUACAGGAAAGAGCAACCUUAUUAUGAAGAUCUAAAAAGAUAUUUAAUGACUGGACCUUCAAUGUUUAUGGUUCUGACCCGAGAAGAUGCUGUCUAUGGAUUUAGACAGUUAUUGGGACCUGUUGACCCACUAGAAGCCAAACAGAUAGAUCCAAAUUUAUUCCGAGCACAAUUUGGGACAGACAUAAUGAAAAAUGCACUGCAUGCAAGUUCCAGCUCUCUGAAAGUACAACUAUUAAAAAACAUAGUAUUUGGACCUGAUACAUCAUGGGAUCAGGGUAUUCCACCAAGUGGUGAAAUGUCACCUAAUAUAUUAACAUCCUCAGGGUCUCCUUUGUCUCUAGAAUAUGCCAUGACUAGGGAAGCUGCUGAAGACGAGACAAAACCUCUACAGCCUGUUGUUAACAUUAUACCAGAGAGUUCAAUAGAAGAUGUUCUGGGGGUAGACAGCUCAGUUGAAAUUGUUGGAGCAAAAUUAUCUUCUGUAAAAGAGCAACAAGCCAUAGAAAGACGUGAAAGUGAAGGUAUAGAAGAAAAAGAUGCCACAGCAGAGGAAAUCACUCAAGAAGCUCAAGAUGAGGUAAGUAAACCAGCUGAAGCAGCUGAAGAAACUGAGAAACCACCUGAAGCUGCAGAAGAAACUGAAAAACCCCCUGAAGCUGCAGAAGCAACUGAGAAACCACCUGAAGCUGCAGAAGCAACUGAGAAACCACCUGAAGCUGCAGAAGAAACUGAAAAACCACCUGAAGCUGCAGAAGAAACUGAGAAACCACCUGAAGCUGCAGAGGAAACUGAGAAACCACCUGAAGCUGCAGAAGAAACUGAAAAACCCCCUGAAGCUGCAGAAGCAACUGAGAAACCACCUGAAGCUGCAGAAGAAACUGAAAAACCACCUGAAGCUGCAGAAGAAACUGAAAAACCACCUGAAGCUGCAGAAGCAACUGAGAAACCACCUGAAGCUGCAGAAGCAACUGAGAAACCACCUGAAGCUGCAGAAGAAACUGAAAAACCACCUGAAGCUGCAGAAGAAACUGAAAAACCACCUGAAGCUGCUGAGUUACCUGCAACGGUUGAAGAAGAAAGUAAAUGACCUGAAGUUGAAAAUUCAGCUCCCACAAAAUAAAAAUUGAUAAACAAUUAAUGACUACCAUUGAAAGUUCCAUGUUUUGUAGUAGAAUGAAUAAAUGUUACCAUUUUCUUAA